AUGCAGCAACGGUCGGAGGCCGGCGAGGAGGAGGAGAAGAAGCCAUGGGCCUCGAGCAAGAGCUCCGCGCUGUUCGCGUUCUUCGUCGUCGUGCUGCCGGCGCUGAUGAUCCUGGCCGGCGUCAGCCACACGCCCGCGACGGCGACGGGGCUCAGUUGGGCGAUGCUGGGCAUUUCACGGCCAAAGGUUCUGAUUUUUCAGGAUCCUAGUGCAAAAGACCUUGUCAUAGUGGCCUUUGCUCACCACAGUGCGUCUUGCGUUUGCUCAGGUGCGGUGCACAAACGACGCGACGGCGGCAGCUUCUGCGACGCGUCGGCGGGGAGAUGGGUGAGGGAUCCGACCGGCCCGGCGUACACCAGCCUGACGUGCCCGACGCUGCCGGACUCCAAGAACUGCCACAAGUACGGCAAGGAUCCCGGCCACUUCCACUGGCGGUGGCAGCCCGACGGCUGCGACCUGCCGCGGUCCUCGCCGGAGCUGUUCCUCGCCGCCGUCCGCGGCAGGCAGCUCGCCUUCAUCGGCGACUCGCUGGCGCGCAACCAGAUGGAGUCCCUGCUCUGUCUCCUCUCCCAGGCGGAGACGCCGACGAAGGUGCUCGCCGGUGACGCGGAUGGAGGCGGUGUCCUGGAGUGGCGCUUCCCCGCGCACGGAUUCACGUUCAUGGCGAUCACGACGCGGUUCUUGGCGCGCGGCGAGGCGGUGGUCGGCGUCGACGGGAAGCCGACUGCCUCGUUCGACGUCCACCUCGACGAGCCCGACCCCGCCUGGGCGAGCCGCCUGCGGGGGCUCGACUACGCCGUCUUCUCCGGCGGCAACUGGCUCUUCCGCGUCAACUACUUCUCCGAGGGUGGCCGACGCGUCGGCUGCAGCGGCUGCAACGACGCCAGCCUCGCCGACUUCGGCGUCGCGCUCGCCGUCCGCCGCGUCGUCAGGGCGGCGCUCGAGGCCACCGCCCGGUGCGGCGACUGCAAGCGCGGCCUCGUCGCGUUCGUCCGGACCUACACGCCGAGCCACUUCGAGCACGGCUCGUGGUUCGACGGCAGCUACUGCAACAGGACGCGGCCAUGGGAGGAAGGAGCAGAGGCGGCGAGCUGGGACCAGGCCAUCGGGUGGGAGCUGAGGAAGGCGCAGAUCGAGGAGGUGACGAGGGCGAGGAAGACGACGGCCACGACGAGCGGGAGCAGGAGGAGGUUCGAGGUGCUCGACGUGACGAAGGCGAUGAUGCUGCGCGCCGACGGCCACCCGGGAUGGCACUACGACAAGAGGUCGGCCGGCGGCGCCAACGACUGCCUGCACUGGUGUCUGCCGGGCCCCAUCGACAUGUGGAACGACGUGCUGCUCCACAAGAUCUCCGACAUCUCAACGCCGUCGCCGAAUCUCCGGUGAUGUCGGUGGUGACGGGUGAAAAUUUUAGCAAGCAAUUGGUGCAAAAUAAGGAAAGGAAUAGAAAUCGAUUGAUCGUGAUGUAAACUGUCGAGCAUAUA